AUGAUGUAUGCUACUACUACUACUACACUCGUCGUCCCGUUCACGGAUGAAGUCGGUUCCCCGCAUUGGCAGCGCAAGAUGGAAAUGUUAACCGAAUGCGAGACGACGAAUUAUAUCGAUUUAACGACCGCGAACAGUUGCGAAAUGCUCCUCAGAGCGUGCAGGAUUUCUUGUUUGGAUGAGAAAGAGAUGUAUUUUGAACCGAGAGAGACGUGGGGGAAAGUCAUUCUCGGGGACAAAGGAGAAAGGAUCGCUUUUGAACAACAACAACAACAACAACAGAAUUCGCCGCCAACAACCUCCAAUAACAACAAAACUUUUUUCGUAUCGCCGAGAAACGAGACGUCAGCGCACGCCAUGGCGCAGACUCUGUUGAUGCCAGCAAACGAGAACGAAUGUAAUAACAAUAAUAGCAAUAGCAGCGAGGAAUAUCCGCUACCACCGCUAGAGUUACGACAGCGCGUUUUAGAACAGUUGAGAAGUAUUCGAGUACAGACGCUCGAGAAAGACGCGAAGGACUUUGAAGACAUCGAACGAGCGAGGAGGCAAGGAAUUCCCACAUCCACGUCGGCAUCAGUGGUUUGUAAGAUUGAAACGAAAGGGUAUGCGGUAGCUUUAACGAAGUGGGCCGCUUCACAAGGCAAAGAUGCGAACGUGUCUAAGGUUGCACCGUGUUUACUUUCUUCCAUGAACGACGCGAGGGGUUUAUGCGCGACCGAAGAUAUUCGGGCCGGCGAGAACAUAUUAGAAAUUCCACGACGAAUGCUUUUAGACGCGGGGACGAUAUGUAUCAGCGAACAAGGACCAUUUGGUGACUUAUUAAGAAUACUAGAACGGUGCGGUGCGGAUACCAUCAUGACGUUGUGGAUUAUGAAGGAGCGAAUGAAAAUGAAGACGAAACAAGAGACGUUUUGGAGCUUAUAUUUCCUUUCGCUUCCAGAUGGGAGUCAAAAGCUGACGCCGUUAUCUUGGCCUGAAGAUAUUGUGAGAGUCGGUCUAGGUAACACGCCAAUUUUUGAAACCGUCAUGCAUGAGAGACAGAAAGUGCGCAAUGGCUACGACGCUUUACUGCCUUCGCUUUUAGCCAAUUGCCCGGAAUCAUUUGAAGGAAACCAGGAAGAGUUUUGGUCCUACGACCAGUACAUUUCUGCGUUAGAAUUGUGGAUGUCGUAUGCAAUGACUGUGAAACCGGUGCAUAAUUCUGAUUCGGGAACAAUCGAUGUCUUAUCGCCAGUGGCUUUCUUUUGUAAUCACGGGAUCUAUCCGCACUGCGUGCACUACUCCCAGUUGCGACUCUCGGACGAGUGUUUGGUAUUUCCAGCUAUGCGAGACAUUGAGAAGAACGAAGAGAUUAUGCUUUCCUACGGCGCGAAAUCCAAUGGAGAACUCUUGCUAUUCUAUGGAUUUUGCAUAGACGAUAAUCCGUACGAUUCGAUCGAUAUCACCUUAGAUUUCGAUUCGCUGAACGGUGUGGAAAAACCAGAAGUACGAAAGAGAAGAGAAGAGCUUUUGGUAAAACACGAUUUGACGCUCAAUCACGCGAUACGUAAGAACGCAGAGUUACCAAUAGAUUUAAUAGCUACUAUUCGCAUUCUAUGUUGCGAAAAAGAGCUCGUGUUUCUCUACGAUGGCGAUCCGAAAGCGAGAGAGAUUUCGAUGUUAUCUGAGUCGAAAGCGAGCGACGCGCUCUUCACGGCUUUGAGCGCGAUACGAAGUAGCAUGUCGAGUGCAGACGCGAUAGAGCAUCGGGCGCCGGAGGAAUGGCGCGCAGCAAAUCAACACUACUUGAACGAGUGUAAAAAAUAUAUUAGAGGUUUGUUUCAAACGAUUGAUGUGGCGUUAGAACAAGUUUCGAUGUGGCGCCAAACGAGCUCGCUCGCGGCGAAGAAAUUAGGAAAGCGAACCCACCGGGACUUCCUUUAG